AUGGCCGCUGUGCGCCGUCGUCCCCCUACCCAGUCUCUUGUAUCUGCUCUCCAACACCUCGACCCUGUUUCUUUCCACACCACCGCCGCUGCUGCUCCCUCGAAAGCUCCCAGAGCUGCCCAAGACACCGAACUACUGGAUGCUUUUAUGGGAUAUCUCUCUACUUUCUUCCACCAUCCUCCCACAGCUACGCGACCCACGAUGAGACGAGUAACGAUGCCCGGUCCGCGGGUCCUGCGCACUGCAGUCGGUAGACGUUACCUCCAUGCAUAUGCACGACCUUCGAGAACCUCCCUCAGCUCGACAGCAAGCACCGAAGAGCUUUGUGACCGCUUCCGAACCCAUAGCCUUACUGAUCGAUCCUCGAAGCGCAAGUUCCACAACUACUUCGUCACCCAUUUGCCGUCGUCCUCCCUACAUCCUGAUUCCCGCUUACAACAUCCCCACCAUAAGCUCCCGCGAUCGGCAUCGGUACCACACAAGCAAGACCCCGGAGCUGCUCCUGCUGCCGUACCUCCCAACAUACCCGGUCGCGACCUCACCGUCGUCCGAAUUCCCCUACGAAGCGCGAAACACCAUUUUGGCGCGUCCGUCUCUCGCGGCCAGCGUAACUACAAUGAAGAUACGAACCAGGCUGGUACCAUCAGCAUGCCGUCAUUCGCCAAGCGAGCCCCCAUGAGCCUGGUUCGCCGUCAGUCGCGGUCUCUUACCGAGAACACCACCGCCAACAGCUCCUUUGGAGACCCCCAGAUCUUCUACUUUGGUGUCUUUGAUGGUCAUGGUGGCACCGAGUGCAGCGAGUUCCUAAGGGACGAGCUACAUGGGUAUAUUGAACAAGCAGCACUGGACUUUGGCCUCAAGAGCAGUUUACAAAAUCAGGGCUCAAGCCUCGACAGCUUGAGUAACCCUCCAUCGGACACGUUGGGAAAUGCGCCCAGGAGCGGCAGAGAUGCACUUGGUCGAGUCGACAUGAAGAGUCCCGAAGAAGUCCAGGACCAGCUCAACGUACCGGAAACAAGGGGCAAUGCUGUUGUCGAAGAAGCUUCCCACGAACCACCCCCUGACGGAGACGAUCCCAUACCAGCAGGAGCAGACGAAGCCAAAGCCGAAGAACUUGAAGCCAGCCUCCUAGGCGAAUACCGCAACACAGUAGGAGGCUACUUCCGCCGUUUCAACUGCCGCUACUUUUCAGAACGAGCUGCCGCGCGGGCCCGCUCCAAUGCCGCCUCCUCGAUGGACGAUAGCACCCUCAAGAACAGGCUCCAGAAGCAAAUCGACGAAACCCCCGUCACCACGCCCGUAACCGUCGAGUCCGUUCUCACCUACGCCUUCCUCCGCGCCGACCUCGAUUUCAUCACUGCCCAAGCGCGCAAGCCCGACCCCGACGACCCUCACAUCGCCGAUUACCCCGUCAACAAGGACGAAGUCCUCGGUCAGCCGCACCUCCCGCCCUCCGGGCACGGCAUCGGCGGCACCGCGCGCUUUAAGGGCGGCUCCACGGCCUCGAUCGCCCUGAUCGCCACCCCGACACCCGCACCCUUCUGGCACCCGGCCGCACACAGCACUUUACUGGUCGCCCACGUAGGCGACACCAGGGUCUUGCUCUGUGAGACGGCCACGGGUCUUCCUCGCCCCUUAACCCACGACCACCACCCCUCCAGCCCCACCGAGACCCGUCGCCUAAUGCGCUAUGCCGAGUCUCUAAUCACCGACUCCUUCGGCGAAGAACGCAUCUCGGGCCUCGCCAACAGUCGAUCAUUCGGCGACAUGCAAUCCAAGCGCAUCGGCGUGUCCGCCGAGCCGGAUAUCAUCCGGGUGAACAUGGAGCCGGCCGAGUACUCCUUUCUGGUACUCAUGAGCGAUGGUGUCAGCGGUACCUUAAGUGACCAGGAAGUUGUGGAUGUGAUCAAGGAGGCCAAGACUCCCGAGGAAGGAGCCAAACAUGUUGUCGAGUAUGCGACCGAGGUGUCGGCCGAUGGCGAUAAUGCUACGUGUCUUGUGGUCAGGCUCGGCGGGUGGGAGAGGAGGAUGGAAGGCGGCUUGGGAAGUUUGGGGACGAAGGAGAUUCGGGAUGCGAGGAGGGCAGAGGCUUUGGAUCCCAGGAGGGGAAGAAGAUGA